AUGUCCAGCACUGCGGGCAAAUGGCGCGAGGAGCAGGUCCUCAUCAUCUGCCCUGGCAGCCGAACUACUAUGGCUCAGCUGGGGUGCAGUGAGUUGACACCUCCUGCGCGGCGCAUGCCCACGAGGAUGUUUAAGGAGGGCGAUCAAUGGGCCCCCUACCACAAGACGAAGCGCACAACUAUCGUCAAUGGUGUGGAGGAGGAUGAGUGGCUGGAGGACGUCGACGAGGAUGAGGGAGCUGUGUAUCCCAUUCAAGCUGGUCGCAUUGUCAACAUGAGCGCACUCCUCGCUUUCCUCGACCAUGUCCACGGUCUGCUUACAACUACAUAUCACAACACCCCCAUCAUGCUCAUGGCUUCACCACAAUGGACCCGUCCUGACUGCGAAACCAUAGCCCGAUACGUUUUCGAGAACACAAGAACACCUGCACUUUGCAUAAUUCAUAGCGGAAUUGCUACCCAGUACGGAUUGAAGUGGACCAGUAUGACUGUGGUGGACAUUGGUUACGAAAAAGUCGACAUUACAGCAAUUUACGACGGACGAGUCGUAAACCAUAUGGGUGUCUGUGCUACCGAAGCCGACGAAGAGAUUAGUGGAGGUGAAGUCUUCACUCGAAGCUUGGUCAAGUUGCUACAAGACAAGGGUUUCAACCACGACAUGGCCGAACAAUUAAAGAAAAGCAACAUUUGCGAGGUCCUUCCUUACAAUGGCACCGAGGAUAACUUGAUGGAGCUUCCAAAGGAGAACACUGCAGGUGUAUCGGCCGCUGCUCCUACUGUUGGUCCAGAAGCCACCACAAAAGCCCCUGAAGCCCCUAAACCUGCGGACAACGGAGAUGAAGAAGGCGGUAACGCCGAUGAUGAUGGUGUGUUGGACGUGGCAGCUAUUGUUACGAGUGGCCAAACAAAGGAGUUUCUCGCUAAAAAGGAGAAGGAAAAGGAAAAGGGCAAAGGUGGCAGAAAGAAGGGUGAAAAGGAGGCCGAGGGCGCAGCUAGGGCAGCCCGCCUACCAAACUCUAAGAGAACACACAACACCUUUUCCUACGAGGAGAUCAUCCAAGAAGAUGUCCCUCCACCAGUAAAGGAGAAGCAGGUUGUAGAGAACCCCACCAAUGGCACAACAGAAGCUCCCAAACCCGAGGGUGAGACCAACAGCGCGCAACCUCCCCAAGGAGAGGGAGAGAACGCACCCGCACCCGCACCCGCAACAGAGGAACCAAAGCCUGAAGAGCCCAAGCCAGCAGAUGCUCAAGAACCAACACAGUCGAUAGAGUCGAAGCCUGAAGCUGAGCCUAAGCCUGACGUUCAGCCUGUUCCUGAGACACCCGAGAAGCGACCGAAGCGCAUCCGUCGAGAUGUCGAGGUUGGCCUUGAGCGCUUCACCUUUGCUCAACGUCGUGAGAUUGACCGUAUUGUGAACACCAUCUACCGCACGAUUCAGGGCAUUGACGACAUGUACAUGCGACCCGCCUGCUGGGACAACCUCGUCUUCGUCGGCAACGGUGCUCGUCUGCGUGGUCUUCGUGAGAAUAUCCUCCAGACUCUCAACGCCCGCCAUCUCGUCUCCCCCUCAACCGCAACAAUGUUUACAUCGGAGCUGCCCUCUAACAUGGCCACGCCCACCGGUACAGGUGCUCAAACUCCCACGGGCUCUUUCACUGGCGCACCUCACCAGCUCUCUUCGAGCGGUGUGAACCCUUUGCUCCAGGCUGCUACUACAGCCGCUGCUGCUGGUAACACCGGCACUAACAUGGUCGGCACGCCACAGCCUGCUGGAUCCGAGGCUGGAGGACCUACCACGACUCACCACUUCCAUAGUCAGACUCCCACCAGUAUCAAGACCGCUAUGCUGCCUACCUAUCUGAGCGAGUGGACCAAGAAUGGCUUCGAGGAGUCCAUGUUCCUCGGCGCCCAGGUCGCUGCCCGUAUCGCAUUCUGUCUACAUUCCAACAUGGACGCCCAGACUAUCGACGCUCAACGGCUCAUGAGUUUGAGCAGAGUAGACUACAAUGAGUUUGGUCCCAAGGGCAUUCGUACGCACUCCAUGCUAGGCUAAAGAACCGCGCUUAGCUAGUAUUUUUGUGCGUUGUUAUAUAGGCUCUCGUUCACAUCGUUUUCGCCAAGUGGCGCUUCCGAAUGUAGAUUCGAGACAGGAGUUAUUUAGGGGCCUUCAGCGAAACGGUAAAAAGAGCAAGAUGCAAGAUGAAAUGAGCAUGAGGGCGAACAGCGAAGGCAUGAGAUAAUACCAUAGAUUCGAAUCAGUCUUGUAUGAAAACUCACAUUACCUACAUAUCCAUAUACUUGAUUGCUUGAACGAGCAUUGUCCCUUUAUAGUCACUGUCAUAACAAAUUGAGC